UUACGAGUAUAUAAAUAUUAAUUUGAUUUAGUUUAAUAAUUUUAUUAAUAAUUUAAUAAAUCAAACUAACAUCGAUGAAUUAACAUGUGAAUAUAUUGACGAAAAACUGCUAAGUCCAGCUUUCAAUUCACCUUACAAAAAGAUGGUAUGGGCUGGUAAAAAAACUAAAUAUUGUUUAAAAGCACCAUGGAUGGAACAGGGUGAAGGUUUUUAUAACUUUAAAACACGUCCUGAUGAUGUUUGGGUUGUCACUAAUACAAGAUCAGGAACAACUGUUACUCAAGAAAUGAUUUGGCUUCUUCAAAAUAAUUUGGACUAUGAAACAGCAAAAAAAUUCAAUUUGUUUAAUAGAUUUCCAGAAGUUGUAGCAAGUUUGUAUCCAAAAAUGUGGAAAGGUGCUGAAGUUGUUAUUCAAGAUCAAAAUGAUAAUAAAAAAUUUAAACUUAUAAAGUGUGAUGAUAAUAAAACUUCAUAUGAAUUUUUUUCAACAUUGCCAUCACCAAGACUAUUUAAAACACAUGUUCCAUUGAGUCUUCAUGGAGACAUACUUGACAGUGGUUGCAAGAUAGUUUAUAUUGCAAGAAAUCCAAAAGAUAGACUUGUCUCUGGUUAUCAUUUUGAAACUUCUGGAGAUAAACCGUUCUUUCAUGGUGACAUUACUCGUUAUUGGAAUUUUUUUAAAAAUAAUCUGAUUCCAUAUACUCCAUAUUUUGAACAUGUUAAAGAGGCCUGGGCUUUGAAAGAUCAUCCUAAUUUAUUAUUUUUGUUCUUCGAGGAAUUGCGAGCAGAUUUACGUGGUACUAUUAAUAAAGUUGCUGAUUUUUUGGGAAAAAAAUAUACGGAAAAAGAUAUUGAUGAGCUGGCAAAUCAUCUUGAUAUUGAUAAUUUUCGUAAAAAUAAAAUGGUCAAUGAUUUAAAAGGAUUUAGCAAAGUAAAAAGUGUUUUUAUCGGAAAAGGAUUAGUCGGUGGAUGGAAAGAACAAAUACCACCUGAAGUAGAAGCUGAAAUUGACGAGUGGAUUGCUGAAAAUCUUAAAGAUAGUGAUCUUACUUUUUCAGUUAUUUAAAUAACCGCACGUCUAUGGAAUCAUUAUUAUUAAUAUAAAAUGUAGCCCACAAGUUUGAAUGACAAA